CAAGCCUCCAACUCACAUCACAUUUCAUUCACAUAUAUACACUCCCUCCGCCUUUGCUUUUAUUCCGAUCGAUGAUGGAUGUAGCAGUAGCGCACUCCAUCCGCCACACUAGAUAAGCAGCGUCUCUCCCUCUCCUGUCUCGAUCUCUCCACCAACCACCAUUGCUGAGGCUGAGCUCUGGAUGAGCUCGGCUUGCCUCCUGGAGCAGUGGAUCAUGAGCAGUCCGGAGGACGACGAGACAAUGUUGUCCUUGGCCGAAGAAGUGGACGAGUGUGUGUUCAUGAUGGACUACGAGCGGCCACCACCAGCCAUCGCCAUGCAUCACCAAAACCCAUACCACGUCUUGGAGGUUUGUUGGUUUGUUCAUCUCGUCAUCAUCUGCUGCUCCUACAAUCUCGUAUGAUCAGCUGAUGGUACGUACCUUUCUACUAGUUACGGGGGUUUCGUUUCGCCAUUUCUGAUCCAAAUCCUUCGUUGCGUUACCCUGUUGUUUGCGUCUGCGCUAUACAUAUACGUAUCGUCAGGCUAUCGUUGAGCCCAGCACACAGGUGGAGAUCGAGGUACAUGAGAGGGCCAUGAAGCACUUGAGAGAGAUCGGGGAGGAGAGGCGGACGAGGAGCUUAUUGAAGAGGAGGCUGAUGAUGAGGCUCAGGAAAGACGGCUACGAUGCGUCGCUCUGCAGGUCUUCUUGGGUCGCUACCGCCGAGCACCCGGGAGGCGACUACGAGUACAUCGACGUGGUCGUUGCGGGGGAGCACGGCGGGGGCGCGGCCUCGUCGUCUUCCACUUCCAGCAGCAGCUCCAGGAUCGUGGUCGACAUCGACUUCAGUUCCCAGUUCCAGCUCGCCAGGCCGGCCCCGUGGUACGCGCAGCUCUGGGCCCGGCUGCCGCCGGUGUUCGUGGGGCCACGCGCGAGGCUCCGGAAGGCGGUGUCGCUGCUCUGCGAAGCGGCGCAGCGGUCGCUGCGGGAGAGCGGGCUGCACGUCCCGCCGUGGCGGAGGUCCGGGUACAUGCAGGCCAAGUGGCUCCCCGGCGGGACCUCGGAGGUGGUGGCGGCGGCGGCACAGAGGUCGGUGGCGAUAGCGAGGGGCGCGGGCGGCGGGACCCGGAGGCCAGGCGCGGGCGCGGGCGCGGGCGGCCUCUCGAUGGCGCUGCUGUCCAGCUCCGGCGCUGAGGCCAACGGCUGUCAAGGCCAAGCUGGGUCCAUGUGGGCGUAGUGCUCUUUUUACUGAUCAGAGGAUCAUCAGAAUAGGCCGCAGAAACUAGCUACACCAUUUUGUGCAUUGGUUAGGUAGGUUAGCACUGGUAGUAAGAACUGCUUAGUAGCAGCAGUAGCAUUUUGGGUUGAGCCACGGCCAUGUCGUCAUGUGGAUGUGGUUUGUGUGUGUUUCUUUUGUUUUCGUUGCAAGCUGUGCUGUCUGCCUGUCUCUUGCUUGGUUAGCCAAGCGCCCAAGCCAUGCGGCAGACGACGGACUUUGCUUCGGUGGUGGGGUAGUUUCCGAGGCCGCAGCAAGAGAGAUCAGCAAUGCGAUUUCUGAAAAGGUAAGGCUAAAA